CUCGAAACAACAACUCCGUCGUAAGACAAAAACAAAGGAUGUCCGCCAUGUCCCAGUCCCUCGUUCAGACCCGCGUCGUCGCCAAGGCGCCCGUCGCCAAGGCUCAGGCUCGCCGCGCCGUCGUCGCGUCGGCGUCCCCCGCGGAGGGCCGCCGCGUCGCCCUCGUCGGCCUCACCGCCGCCGCGAUGGCCACCGCGCGCUCCGCGUUCGCCAUCACCAUCCCCUCCCAGGCGUCCGGCAUGGGCAUCGGCCGCGAGAACGGCAAGCCCCAGCGCUCGUCCAACGCGUCCAUGGAGGCGUACACCCUGGAGGGGGGCACCAAGAAGACGGGCCACUCGCCCAAGGAGAAGUUCGGUACCCUCGCGGCGGUGCGCGCGCAGGCGGAGGCCGAGGCGGCGAG